CGAGGCUGCCCGGAGCCCGGGCCUCGGGGCUCAGGAGGCCCUGGGGUCAGAUCCACAAAGGGGGUGUUUGCUGAACGCUCCUGGCAUCUACGGCCCCUCCGGGCUCGGCCAGGGGUCUGGGGUAGGGCUGCCGUGGCCACAGCAGCAGCUGGGGCUAAGGCCCUCUUGGGCUGGGAGGAGUCAGAGAGGCCCCUGCCAGGCUGUCACAGCUCCUGGCGCUGGCAUUGGCUCAGGCUUUCACACACACUGCCAGACACCCCCUUGGUGGCCUCCACAGUCCCACCUGCAGACCCACAGGUCCUGCCUCCCAGCCUCAAAGCUGGCUCUGCAGGGAACACAGUGACAUGAGGGGCGCAUCACAGACCCACCUCCUGGCCUUCUCUCUCCUCUGCCUCCUCUCAAAGGUGUGUGCCCAGCCAUGCCCGGGACGGUGUGACUGCCCCUGGCGACCGCCCCCGUGCCCACCGGGGGUGCCCCUGGUGCUGGAUGGCUGUGGCUGCUGCCGGGUGUGUGCGCGGCGGCUGGGGGAGCCCUGCGACCGUCUCCACCCCUGCGAUGAAAGCCAGGGCCUGGUCUGCAAGCCCGGGGUGGGCCCCGGCGGCCAGGGGAACUUUUGCUUCUGGGGAGAGGAGGACGACAGGAGCUGCUUCGUGAAUGGCCGCCGGUACCAGGACGGGGAGACCUUCCAGCCUCACUGCAGGGUCCUCUGCCGCUGCGAGGACGGGGGCUCCACCUGCGUGCCGCUGUGCAGCGAGGACAUCCGGCUGCCCAGCCCGGACUGCCCUUACCCCCGGAGGGUCGAGGUCCCUGGAAAGUGCUGCCCGGAGUGGGUGUGCCGCCAGGCAUCUGAGCUGGAGCCGGACCAUCCCCUUCCAGCCCAGGGACCCCAGUUUUCUGGCCUUGCCGCUGCCCCACCCCAUGGCCGCUGCCCAGACUGGAGCACGCCCUGGGGCCCCUGCUCGACCACCUGUGGGCUGGGCCUGACCAGCCGGGUGUCCAACCAGAACCGCCUCUGCGUAAUGGAGAUGCAACGCCGCCCGUGCCUGCUCAGGCCCUGCCCGCCUUCCAUGGGCCGCGGAACACUGAUCAGAACCUUCUAGAGCCUGGCUGGGAACGGAGACGCCAUGCCCACUGUCCCCAGCAGGUGGCUCUGUGAGCUUGGGUCUACCAUCCAGGCCCAGGGGGACAAGAAUAGUCACAAACCGCCUGGUCCCGCGGGACCCUGAGACACAGUGGGGGUGCAUGACCUCGUCCCGCUUCCUAACUCACAGCCUGGGAGGCUGGGCAAGCUUUCCAGGGUGUUCUGGUCUAUUCCCAGACUAGACUCAGCCUUUAUCAAACAUGCACAUGGCGAGCUUUCUCUGCCACCUGCCCUGGGCAGGAGAUGGGACAAUCGCUCCCUUACAAUGACACUGCAGCAGGGCUGGGCUGGCCACUUUUCUGGGGGUAGAGCGAAGAGGGGGCACACAGAUAUUCUGAAUCUUUUGCUUCCUUUCCUGGAGUUUUAUAAAAUGGUCCCUGAAUACAAGCCUGUGCGUGAACUUGUGUGUCAGGCUUGUGCUGAGGGCCUGAGGACGCCCUGCCACCCGGGGCAGAACUCAGAGGGCUGAAUUCUUUGUGAAGCCUGCCAGGUGAAAUCACCCAGUCUUGAAGAAAGUCAGAAAAACCGGCUUUCAAGUGACCCAUGGAACCCAAUUUGUAUUAGCAAAGAUUACCCUUUCCCGAGCACCUCCCGUGCGCCGGGCACUGAGCGGCAGGCACGCUUUGCAUGGGCAUGAAGGCUGCCUCCCAGGGACCGGGGACACAGCCUGAAAUAAACCAGCCCAGGUGUGAAA